AUACUGUCAGAGUCACUCCCUUAACACCAGGCUAAACUUCAUUCCUGCCAUACUGGAUUGUGGGAAGGGAAGAAAAACAGGUACACACUUACAUACAGUAGCUAUUUUAAGUGCCAGUAGGCAUCAAGUUUGAUGGCCUUCAAAUCAUAAAACAUUAGGCAAGAAAACAGAAACACAUCAAGCUUGACCUGUACGUUCACCCUACAGAAUAUCCAAAUGAAAAAGCAUUGUAAAAUCUAAAUAGCUCUGCAGAUGUGAUGGAAACACAGCACAUCCUGGUCUGGCGUAUUUGUCUGAUCCUGGCCCUCUUGCCCCACCCGCACCAAUGCCUGUCAGUGCAUUUCCAGAACAAGGGUCUCCUUUAUGUGGCUCUGGGGAGAGACCUGGUCCUGCGGACCCAGUUCCAGAUUACACCAACAGAGAAGAUCGUCAUGGUGAUUUGGGACCGCCAGACUGAGAAGGGUCAGGGACAGGUCAGGCUGGCCGAUCACCAAGAUGCACCUGGCAAUCCUCUAGACCAGAAGGGGGCCUUAUUUAGGGUGGAGAAUAUAAGAUCAUUUGACUAUGGAGUCUACACCAUCACUGUGACUGACCAGAAGGGGAACGAGCAAUCAGCAAAUAUAGUUGUUCGAGAGAUUGUUGCUGCUCCUGUGGCGUCUUUGUCGCUCCAGUGUGAGGUGGCCAAUGACAGGGCACAGUGGGACAGCCCAGUGUUUUCCUGGUUGGUGGAUGGGGUAGAGCUGUCCAAUCAGACAGCCAAUAUCUCUGCAGAUGGCAAGAGACUCGACGUGUCCGGAAUGAAGGGCCACAACUACACCUGUGUUGUCAACAGCAGUCUGGGGACAAGUGUCACACACUACGUCACUGAUUCUCCAACACCAUCCCAAAGUAACCAAUCCUGUAAGACUCUAUGUGGUGUACUAUUGAGCAUCGUCCUAGUGCUUCUAAUCACAUGUGGAUAUCUCUACUGGAAAUGCGUACAGCGGAGGACGAAUGGGAAUACAUGACCUUUAGGAGGUCCAUCGCGUUCCGUUAUCAGUCUUAUCUAUGACACUUUGUUACACACUGCACGAUCACACAAGUCUUUGGCACAUACGGACACAGUGAUAUGAGACGGUAAUAUUCUGUUGCAACAAGUCACAAUACCAGACCAAAUAUCAUUCCUAUCAAGAGCUGUGGCCCUAUUCGCCAUCAAUACAAUAUAUUGAGAUGCCUAUUUAUCAAAUUAAAUUGUAUUGGUCACAUACACAUAUUUAGCAGAUGUUAUUGCGGGUAUAGCGAAAUGCUUGUUAUUGGUGUGUUUGUGGUAUUUAUUGUUGCGAAGUCCACACAUAUAUUUUCACUAAUUAUGUCUUUGUAUCUUUUUUUUUAAAGUACUGUAUGCCAUCACAUUUACAUUGUGCACAUGUACAAAUAUGUUCAAAUUAACCUAAACCUACUUUUGUGAUGCCUAUGUAUGAUAUAAAGCAAAUGGGAUUUUAUUUUUAAAUUAUUGUGACGGUGCAUGUGUGCAUUUAACCUAUUUCAUAACCUGUAAGGAAAUCUUUGUAAGCGUCCACUUUGCUACACUUCCAUAGGAGACAGUGAAGAGACAUAGAAACACAGCAGUCUGGAUGAGUGAGGAAAAGCACAGCACCACCUAUUUAAUAGCGCCAUCUACUGGCUUGUUUUAGAAAUUCCUCUAUUCAUAAUAUCACUUCAAAUUGCAACUGGUUUGCAACAUCCUACCUGACCGCUUGGAGGUGUCUGCAUGGUCCUAAAGAACACUGUUGCCUCGUUUUGUGUGACAUUCUAAUGAUAAAACUUGGGGGGGGACAAAAAAGCUCAUUCAGAAUGUGGGGGGGACAUUUCGUACCUUGAAUUGAAAAUACUGUAGCGUAUUGUUAAUUGUUUCUGCUAAUGUAGAUAAGAUGAUUUAAUUAAAGUCGCACUCCAG